UCCCUGAGUCCAUUACAAGCUCUUAGCCUUGGCGUCUUUCUGAAUCUGACUAACUUAACCUCCUGCACAGUUCCAUGAUGUUAUUUUUAGUUUUUUGGUUCUUUUAGUGAUUUUCGCUUGUGAUUUUAUUUUCAGAACUCGCAGUCUUAUUCGCUCGCUAAUUUUACUGUCCUCAUCUCCUCUCCAUUUCCACGAAGACGCACACAUUAUGUCGACUUCCAUGCGAGUUUGUGUUUCAGAGUUGCUCGUCGAGGGUGAUACUGAAUGAACUUGGAGAAUCAGUUAAAAUAAAAUUCAAUUGUGAGCUCGUAGAGUGAUUGUUUUUGUAUUGUAAAACUAAAGCACCUUCGGUAGGUAUAGUUUUGUCAUAUUCUCGAUAUUGGAAGAUGAGUUCCCUCUUGAAUGCGCAGAUUUACCACGGUAGCGUGUCUUAACUUGACACAAACUUAUCAUGGGUUUCUAACGAUUUGGUUUUUCCCCUUGAAUUGUGCUAAUACUAAAACUCUGACAAGUUUACACAAUACAGUGUCGAUCCGUUUGUGUAACUUUCUCAACGUUUGGUUUUGAUUUUUUCAUUCUUCCUCCCCCCUUUCAUCUGACACUUUCAUGAUAUUGGCAUUAACGUAAGGCACCAUCGUAUGCAGCUAUCAAGUAUGUUUAGUGUUAAAAUGGAGACAACCUAGGUGUAAUGGACUGGGAUGCAAGAAUGAUCUAAUUUGUAUGUACUCUGCUGAAUAUUAUGGAGGACUUGAGCGAAGAAAUGGGGAAUGUGUGUGGAGAGAUGGAGAAUUGCGUCACGGACUUGAACCAGAAGGAGACAAAAACAGACAGGCUGGAGCAAGAUCUGGAUGGACUUCAGAUGUUACGGUUGGUACAGGAGGACGACAAGGCUUUGCUCACGAGCCUUCUGGCACAAGAAUCAGAAGAAUCAAAAGACCCGAAUGCGGUGUUGGAAGAGUCCCCACAGGAGGGUGAUCACAUCAUGCAUGAUCGCAAGUGUUUUCAGAUUUCCAACCCCCUGGUUCAGGUGGAUCACACUCGCAUCAAGCAGGAUAAUAGAGUCGAAGAGGAAAUUGUGGCCGACGACGUGGAGAUCGUCUUUGACCAAAACUCAGGAACUCAGAGAGCGAGCGAGCAAGACAUGGGGACCGGGAGACGUGAGAAGCUUAAGGGUCUAGAAGGAGCAGGAGCAGAUCGGAAAUCAGCACUCGUGAAUAAGUUGCUUCAUGACCUCGAUGAGCGGCAACAGAAAUUUCUGCAAGACCUUCACGUCAAGUUUGUUCUGGAGGGGGUGGAUGUGGAGGAGGAUGAUGAAGCCAGGGCUAGGAAGCAUUCAGAAUUUGUGGAGUUGAAGAAGCGCCUAGAGGAGGAGGAAAAGAUGUACGCGUGUUGCGCAUUAGGGGACGCAUCUGAAAUCCACGCAAUUGACAAAGAUCAAGUCGAAGCGGAUUCCGUAAUAGCCACCAUAGAUGGUGUGAUCAACAGCCUUGCAGACGUCGCAAUUUGCAGUUCGGAUUCAACCCAGCGAGAUUGUCUGAAGCAACUACCUCUACUCCCGAACAUUAGAAAUGAAAUUAAGACUCUGGCUGAAGAUGUUGGAUUGCUGGAGCUUCAAGAGCACACCGACCGUGAGAGCAGCGAAGAGUUCCAUUGUUGCCGAAAAGCGGGGAAGCAAAUAGACGAGGGAGAUGAUGAUGAUGCGCAUGCGACACACUCUUAUUCUGUACUCAACAUCGUCUGCCCUGUUAGUGGGAUACCUGUAACUGAUCUAGAAGACCCAGUUCGCAGUGAAGACUGUGAACACAUUUACGACCGGGCUUCAGCUCUCAACUACAUUACAACCAUGGCAAAAGACGGCGUCUGCCUUUGCGCAUCUUCAGGUUGCCGUGCGCAGCUAGCGGAGCACAAGAUGGUUGCCAGCAGCCGCCUGUGGCAGGACAUCGAAGAGCUCCGACAGAUCAAGACAGCCAUGUGGGAAAGCCGCAUGAUGCAAGACAUGGCGGACAUGGACGACAGUGAUGAUGACUGAGUGCUGAGAGAAGCAGACUCAUGAGUGGGGGUCGACACGUUCCUGACAACACAGAAAACUGACAACGAAUGAUCGAUUCUUUCAAUCCAUAUUCACAUCUCAACUGUGUUUACUGUCUGUUGGCGUAGUUUCCAAUCCCAUUUUCUGCUUCUGCUGCUUCGAAGAUAAUUGCUUGCAAGGCUUUCCAAGGCAAAGCUUGCAAAGAUUUACUGCAGGUUUGCCUGCUAGUGACUUGAUGACGUCGAGACGCGAGGGAGUUCUUCACUGGUCGCCGUAACAGAACGCUAGAUGCCCUUGUGUCUAAUGCAAGAAUGGAUACCGACAUCAACGUGCCUCCACCGACACCAGCCUUGUCAGCGUAGUUCCGAUCAUAACAUGAUUUUCAUCUUCAUUCUCAUUUUGCCUUUUUAGAAGCAUUUUUGCACUUCAUUACUGUAAGAAUGAACGUUUUUGUAACAUUGUUAUGUUUCAUUGUUCGUGGAAUGUACACGGAUAAUAGCAUCUGAUGUAACGCUUCACGCUUUAACCUUUUUUUUUUUUUUUUUUUUUUUUGUGUGUGUGUUGGUAAAUAAGUCCGUUUAUAGGUGCUGUAUUUUAAUAGAUUGUCAUGUGACCAAGGAAGAAAAAUACUUAGUACGUCAAAUUGGCAUUUAGUAAAUAUAUUAGUUAUUAAAACUAAUUUUCUGUAGAAAAGAAGCCCAAGUCUAUGAGUUUCAUCUUCCUAACCCAAAAGUUAUUUUCAAAAUUACAUUAAAGUUAGUGGCUUUACUUUUAUU